UCAGAUCAAAUCAGCAAGAAAAUCAAGAACCAAAAAGUCACUAGAAAAGCAACAAACAAUGUCUCUAAUUCCAAGCAUUUUUGGAGGACGUAGAUCAAACGUCUUCGAUCCUUUCUCGCAAGAUGUAUGGGAUCCAUUCGAAGGAUUCUUCACCCCAUCUUCUGCAUUAGCAAACGCUUCAACCGCUCGUGAUGUGGCAGCGUUUACAAACGCAAGAGUGGACUGGAAGGAAACGUCGGAAGCACAUGUGUUCAAAGCGGAUUUGCCAGGGCUGAAGAAGGAAGAAGUGAAAGUUGAGGUUGAAGACAAGAACGUUCUGCAGAUUAGCGGAGAGAGGAGCAAGGAGAACGAAGAGAAGAACGAUAAGUGGCACCGUGUGGAGAGGGCUAGUGGGAAGUUUAUGAGGAGGUUUAGGCUGCCGGAGAAUGCAAAGAUGGAGGAAGUGAAGGCAACUAUGGAGAAUGGUGUGCUUACGGUUGUGAUUCCGAAAGCGCCAGAGAAGAAGCCUCAAGUCAAGUCGAUUGAUAUCUCGGCUAAUUGAAUAUGAAGAUUGAAAAUGAAGAUUUGGUGUGUGAAAUAAAAAGCUUGUGUGCUUAAGUUUGUGUUUUUUUGUUGGGUUUGUUGUGUUGUGAAAUUGUCGCUUUCUUUCUAAAAUCAUAUGAAUGUAAGAUCUCAUUAUAAUGAAUAAACGAAUGUUUCUAUA